GGCCUUCCGCUGAAUAGAACGCGAAAUCAAUUCUCCGACAGUAUUCGUAUUGUCGAGCCGCUCCUCCGAUUUUUCAGCAGUCUAAUCAAAGUACCUCCCUAGACGCUACUCGGAAUAAAGUCUCCUAGAAACCGGCUCCCCAACUCCCCACCAUCUUGCCGGGCGGCCAGAUGACUUUUUUCGCCGCUAUGUUGCCGAGCGGUCAUAUGACACUCUCCGUCGGGCUCGUCGCUCCCUUGAUGAUAUGCUUCUCUAUCGAACCAGUAUCCGCUGGUAUCGACAGCUUCUGCCCGGAGCUCCAGCUGAAUUCCGGCAAGCCUCUCGAUGUAGGAUGCUUCGAAUCCUCCCUCCUGGUUCAACCUGAGUUGCCCGAACAGAUCAACGCAAGCUACGCGCUCUACCUAAAUGGGAACUCGUCGGUUCCGUAUCGUAUAUGGUUCUACAACGAAUCCUUCGACAACGAAGCUGAUACUUUACUGAGAUCCCGCUCAUCCGUUGCAUUCAUCCUCCACGGUUUCGCGGCAGAUGCGGAUGCCCGUUGGGUGCAGAACCUGACUGAUGCCUUGAUGCUUCGUCGGAAUUUCAGAGAGACGAAUGUCAUCACCGUCGACUGGAAGUCGGGUGCUGAGGGUCCCAAUUACGCUCAAGCGGCUCAGAACGUUAACAUGCUCGGACGGAUAACGGCGGAAUUCAUCCAUCGUCUCUCGUCCAAAUACCGUCUCGAUUUUCGUAGGAUACACCUGAUCGGCCAUUCACUCGGGGGCCAGGCAGCUGGAAAAAUAAUGGAUUGGCUAUUCACACGACACCAGGCGAAGGUUGGCCGGACAACGGGUUUGGACGUGGCUGCACCACGCUUUGAGGGGAACAACGUUUGGCCGGACAAAGCUCACUGCGAUUUUCUGGAGGUGAUCCAUACUUCCUCGGGCAACGAUCCUGUAAGGGGCAGCCUGGGUCUGCAGGAUAACUUCGGCCAUGUCGAUUUGUAUCCCAACGGUGGAGUCGUACCCCAGCCGGGAUGCCCGCCGCCACCUUUGAGCCUGAGCUGCAGUCACUCGAAAGCCCAGUUGUACUACAUAGACCUCGUCUUAAACUGCGCCCGUGACUGUCGAUACGUUGGGUUCUCCUGCAAUGACGUGACGGACGCUACGAAUUCUAAUUGCACGGGUGAAGCUCGUAAUAUUUGCGAGUAUCUGGAGUCGUUGAGGGCGAGCGCGACCGAAGAUAUGGAGGAGAUCCUCUACAUCGACACUACCGCCCAAGACGCCCCAGAUCGUUGCUCCAGCAAUUUUAGGAGGGAGCAGAGUUUCUUCGCGAAGCUACUCGGGCGAAUCGUGAACUCUAUGAAGCCGCUCUUCGGUUAACCGAGGAAGUAAUGGGAGAAAUCAGCUCGGACACUGAGUCCCGUCGGAUGAAUCCGUGGAGUGACGCCGUUCGCUCGCCAAACCCCACGGACAACCUUAAUCUCGUUCGCACAAGCGUGACGCGAGUGUUAUACGACAAUCGGAUGUGUGCAGGAAGUUAGUCGGUGAUAAAUUGUUAUUAAAGACAUUUAUUCCAUGUGUUUCGCGGCGGCCGUAAACACGCAACAAGGUGUUUCAAUA